CUAAAUAAAUUUGGGCAAAGUCGAGAUGCUAUAUUGUGGUUAAGUACUUUCAAAAAUAAUCAUAAACAUGUUUCAACCUGAACUCCAUGUUGAUAAAAACAUUUACAAGAAGUCUUUUCCAAAAUUUGACAAACCUAAAGUUAUAGGAUAUAUUAAUAUUGAAAAUGUUAAAUAUAUAAGUAAGAUUUGUGAGGAUAAAGUCAAUUUAGAUUUAAAUUUGCACAUUGAUAAAGUUAAACGUAAACCUGUUGACCUAGAUGUUAAAUUGACUGAGUUACUUAAGUUUUUACUUGAGCAUGAAGUGAGGUUAAAUUUUCCAAUACAAAAUAAAUUAAAUGAUGCUCAGUUCUUCUGCUAUCGAGGACUGAUGACAUGCCUGGCAUGUACUCCAUACGAAAAUAAAGACCCAUGGGAAAUUGUUGCUAUAUUGCAUAAAGGAAAUAUAUAUCUAUGUGCGAGAGAAACUCCUGAUAAAAAAAAACAAAAGAUGUCGAUGUCAGAAAGAGAUAAGCAGUGUACCUCUUGGGGUUUUAAGUUUGAACAGUAUAUGCUUUCUGAUAAACCUGACACAUUACCAAAUCCAGAUUUACCAGUAGAUGAGACUGAAGAGUUUUCAUUAGUAAUGACUACUAAAUUAAAUGAUCAUAAAAUUGUCUAUGGUGCAGAAAUGGAUGGUAUAAGAUGUGAUAAACUACCAGUGACUUCUCCGCCUGAUACAAAUGAUCCUGAAGCAAUAAUACAAUAUCUAUCUUCCCAGCAAUUCAUUGAACUAAAAACAAACAGGCAUAUUGAAUAUUCAAGACAAGAAAAAUCAUUUAAGCGAUUUAAAACAAAAAAAUGGUGGUUACAGUCAUUUCUCGUUGGAGUAGACACAAUACUUUGUGGAUUAAGAAAUGAUAAUGGAAUUGUAGAAGAAUUAAAAAUAUACAACAUAAGAGACCUGCCCAAAAUGUCAAAGGGUUAUUGGGAUCCGAAUGUUUGCUUUAAUUUUUUAGAUACAUUUUUUACAUUCGUCAAAAGAUGUUUAGCAAGAGAAAUAAAACGAAAAUAUGGAGAAAAGAUUUUAAAUAACAUACAAGGUUUACCAUUACUAAGUUUACAUUUCAGUUGGUCUCCUGAUAAUGCUGUCCAUGUUUCAGAUCAUUAUUGUCAUGAUGAUGAUCCUAUAUUACAUGAAUGGUUUUUACAAAAUUUUGGAAAAUUAAGGAAUGAAUAACAUGUUUAAUAUUUUUGUAGAUAAUUAUUGCACACUGUAAAUAUUGUUUUAUAUAAUAAAAUUUAUAUUAUUAU